AUGUCUGAUCUGCGUGCUGCGUCCAAGUCGCCUGCCGGGGAGCGCACACCAGCUACUGCGGCGUCUCCCCAGCCUCAGAUUGUUCCCGCUGAUGACGUCGAGGGUGACGCCUUCGAUGAUGGCGAUUCGUCUCUUGGAUCCGACGUAGAGAGCUCGACUGCGUCAGUGUCUGCUAGUAUUCUUGAGUAUCGUCAGAUUCAGGGUCGCACUUUUCACAGCGACAAAUUUGACACCGAGUAUUCGUUCCCCAACGAUGAACGACAACUCGAGUCUGUGGAUAUUACCCACCACUACUUGAUGAUCCUCUUGGACGGCAAGCUAUUUCUUGCUCCAAUUAAGGAUGAUGUUCAGCGAGUUCUUGAUGUUGGCACAGGAAGCGGUAUUUGGGCAAUUGAUUUUGCCGACCAGUAUCCCGGUGCCGAAGUAACAGGCACUGAUCUGUCUCCCUGCCAGCCCAAGUGGGUUCCUCCGAAUGUGCGCUUCGAAAUCGAUGAUGCGAGUGAGACCUGGACGUGGAAGGAUAACACGUUUGACUUUAUCCACAUUCGCUACCUCUUUGGUGCCAUCAGGGACUGGACUGCUCUGUUCAAGGAAGCCUACCGAUGCUGUGCGCCGGGCGGAUGGAUCCAGUCGGCUGAAGCUGAUGUCGAAUUCCGCAGCGAUGACGGAACCUCUGAGAGGCAAGAGGUGUUGAGACUAGGGAAGAAGAUGUACGAGGAGGGCGGCAAGGCUUUGGGGCUACCAUUCUUCGUGCAUGAUUUGCAAAAGAAGGGUAUCGAGGAGGCUGGCUUCCAGGAUAUCAAGAUGGUUGAGUACAAGAUUCCUGUGGGUGACUGGCCCAAGGACCCCAAGCUUGCAGAGAUUGGCCGGUUUGUCAGACUCACGCUGGAGAAUGACUUGGAGGGAUACACUCUCAUGCUAUGGAAACAUGUCCUCCAGUGGCCCGAUGACGAGUACCAAGUCUUCCUGAUGAGCAUCCGCAACGCCAUCCGCAAUCGCAGAGUUCACAGCUACUUCAUGGUGCGCUACCUCUAUGGCCGCAAACCAGAGGAGGAACAAAAGUAG